AUGGAACAAUAUGAACAAACAUUGUUUUCUAAUACCCUCCCAAGAACAAGUAGUUGCAAUAGCUACAACAAUCUUAUUAUCAUUCCAUCAAAUUACAAUAAUAAUACUAUCAUUCAUCAAGAUUCUAAUUCCUCAUAUAGUUCUCUUUCUCUUAUCCAUCAGAAAAAUCGCGAUGGAGUCAAAGUCAACUUUAAUUUUCUCAGGUCUCUUCUUCUAAAAAUUAUUUCCUUACACGCUAUGCUUCCAAUAUGCAUGUGGCUUAAAUAUUUACCUACAUAUCUUACAUCUAAUUCGUGUCGAAAAGUCACUGGAACUUUGUUCGGUCAUCGUAGAGGCCACGUCAGCUUCGCCAUUCAAGAUAAUUCCACGUCAUCAGAGCCGAUUUUUAUAAUCGAAUUCGCCAUCACAACAUCUAUUUUAGUCAAAGAAAUGUCAUCGGCCUUUGUACGUAUUGCACUCGAGUGCGAAAAAGCGCCACGUGGAAGCAAGCAAUUGAGGCUCUUUAGAGAACCUAAUUGGACUAUGUAUUGUAAUGGGAGAAAAUGUGGGCAAGCGCUUUUGCGUGCGUGCAAUGACUCUGACAGACACAUUCUAAACACUGUGUGGAAUGUGUCAGUCGGGGCAGGAGUGAUACCCGUGGUAGGGGAUGGGCGAAAGGGCGGCGAUUCGGAAGGUGAAUUGAUGUAUAUGAGGGCUAAUUUUGAUCGAGUUAUAGGGAAUCGUCACUCAGAAGCAUUUUAUAUGAUGAAUAUUGAUGGAAAUGGAGGACCUGAGCUUAGUAUAUAUCUUAUUAGGACUUGAAAAAAAAAAUAGUGAAAAUAAAUCGAAUCUUUUUUUGUAUCGUUAUGUGUGUUUUUAUACAAUAGUAACAUACUCAGUAGAAUCUAAAAAAGGUAGAGCGUGCGCAAGCUUUUACCUUUAUGUAUGGGAGAUAUAGAGAGU